AUGAUUGUUUUUUUGAUAAUCCAAAGUAUAGCAAUUAGCUAUAAUUGGAAAUUAUUCUCUAGUGAUUACAGAAGUAAAAUAAAACUUGAAUGGCACGAGUUUUACGAAGAAAGAAAUAAUAGUUUUUAUAAUGGCAAUAUUGCAGGCAACCAAAGAUACUACAUUCUUGAUAUUGUAUCAGCAAAUAGUAAUCGAAGGUUUCUUUCAUAUGAGUCAAGAAGUGGAUCUUCCGUUUUUUGUAAUAAUUCUUAUAAUGGUCAAGGAUGCAAUAUAUAUAUUGUAAAAGGUAAUAUUGUUCAGAAAAGAGUUUGUUCAUUUCACUGCUCAGCUUCCGGUUACGGUCAGCAUUGCUGGAUUAAGAACCAAUAUACUGAAUUAGAGAAGAACUAUAAUAUCGAAUCAUCAUAUACACAUUUCGGCAAUUCAAGGAAAGGGGCACCAAUCUGCCAUUCUUACGGUGAAGUUAUUAUUAAAAUGGUUAAUAUUUCAUAUUGUAUGAUACAUGAGACUUCAGGAUUAUGGUUAGAGGAUAUGCAAUAUAAUGGAAAUGUAACUUAUACAUUAUUUUCAUCUAAUAAUGCGAGAGAUGAUUUUUGCCUCAAAUUGAGUCAUUCAUCAAGUUAUAAAAUAAUAUGUUGUCAAAUUAUUAAUAACUCUGUUUCUACAUAUUUAAUUUCAGCUAAUAGAGGAACUUUUACAUUUAUUAAUUGCACAAUUAUCAAGAACAAUGCAACCGAAAUAUUAUAUAUAGCUCGUACUGGAGAUUUUAAAUUUUUCAACUGCACGAUUGAUUGCAAUGUUCCUUCUCGAUUCAUACAUUCAGAUGAUAAAUUAGACUCUUUUUCAUUUGAAAACGAAUUAAUCCAUAUUGGAACAGAAGGAUGUUAUCCAAAAUUUAGUUUGAAAUAUCAAAAAACCAGACAAAUUGAUUUAACGAGGUCAUUACUUAAAAAUCCAGGUAGUAAGAGUCAUUCUUUAUUUAGAAAAUAA